CUGUUUUUGUGAUCUCUCGUACAUCAUCGUAAUUGUACAUCAAUACAGAUGCGCGACAAGUUCCCCCACUUAAGAAACGCUCUACCGCAAGUCGUGCCAGACGAAAACAUAAUAGAACGCGAAAAGGAGAAAUCAAAGAGGACUGUGUAUCAACUCGGUUAUUCGAAGAAACUCGAUCGUUAUGAUAGAGAUGUAACGUUACCAGAAGACUGGGUUAUACUCGAAACGAUGCAAAAACGCGCAUAUCGAGAUCCAUGGACGAUCGCAGCGAGAGAGCUAAUAAAACCACCAAAAAUUCUCAGACCGCGCAACAACUUGGAUCCAAAUCUUAAAGAAAGAGAGAUUCUCCGCGUAACAACCGGAAAUUCCGAAUAUAUCAGCACAACCGGAGCUACUGGGGAGAGAAUUGCGCUACGAGGUCUGUUAGAUGUAACAAGACGCGUUAGAUUACAAAAGCCAUUAAAGAAUCUUGAAAUAUCCGAUUCGGAAUGUUCGCUGAUACUGAAGCAAAAUUUAGUCCUUCCGUCAAAAAUAAUUUGAGUUAUUUUUCAAUUAAGGUUUUAUA